CCAUGGACACUCCCCCUCGUCAGUUGUCUGUUUUGAAGCAGCUGCGAAUAGGAGCGUGCCGGCUAGUUUCCUUUUUCUUUAUCACUCAGUAAUCAAGCAACCUGGUGUAGCGUUUGCGUGAAACCGGAUAUUUUGUGGCGUUGUUCUUCAUCCAACAGCUAUGAUUCGAUCAGUGUGGAGGUUCAUUUGCUACUGGUACUUUCGCUACACCAUGGUAACAGAAUUGUACAUGGUUGAGCCUUGGGAACAAGUUGUUGUCCAUUGCUUUUUCCUGAUGCUGUUCCUCAUUCUGGCGUAUUUUAAUUAUUCUGUACUCCUGGGCACCGUUUCAUUCUUGCUUCCUGUCAAGAACACAACGCUUCAACUUAGCAACCCAGACAUGAUUUCUGCAUUUUCAACUCAUUGAGGAAUCUGCGUGUAAAGCAUCGAUCGUUUGUGAUUUGGACUCAAAAACAACGAUAUCAACUGUGUGUUUGUUUUUUAUACCAAACGUAGGUCUAGCAGUCAAUAUUAUUUCUUCCUUGUGGCAUUAUUAAAUGGAUUGCCCAGCAUUUCAAUAAUUCAUCGCAAUGAAUAUCAUUUUGCUUUGUUUGAUACAGGCAAAUUUGAAAAUGUUCUGGGUAUUCUGCGUUUAAAACAAAUUUAGAAUGUCUAUUUUACGUGAACACUUAAAUGUUGCUAAAAUAUUUACUGGAUGAAUAUUUUUUGUUCAAAAUUGAUCUGUAACAGAUUAGUUUCUAAAAACUUUGAGGAUUUUUGUUCAUUAUAAAUAUGCCAUAAUAACAUUGAUAUUACAAAAUGAUACUCCUGACUCACUAAUUUUUUCCGCCAUAAAAUUACCAAACUUCCCUUUAUAAGACCAGUGAAUUCUACUUCCUCAAAUUAUGUAAGCCUUAUAUUUUGUAAUCAAUUAUCUAGAAAUUAGUAUUUAACUUGUGACAUUGUCCAGAAGCGGGUAAAAUUUACGAAGGAAUAAAUAACCAUACAAGUGAUAUAAAA